AUGUCUGACCACCAGCCUCGUACUCCGCCGAUCGGAGUCGUUCCAGCUGGUCUUGUCAACCGUCUCACCACUCCAAGCAGGAGGGGAAGACCUCCCCGUGUGUCAGUCAAGAACCCGUCACGAUCAGUCACCUUCCAGGAAAACUCGUCAUUGUCCCAAGGUGAAUCUCAAUCAACUCCCCAAAAUGGGACUCUGGACGCCUCUGCUGAGGCCAGUCGGCAUAUCCAACCAAAUCGAAGGUCCAACCGUAUACGUUCCAACACUAACUCCGAUCCCAUCACACCUUCCAAAGUCCCAAAACGACCUCAUGGAUCCUUGAUGGAUUCCACCAACCUCCCGUCUGUCAAGCGAGCUCGAUUGGACCCAGACACUGGCAAACUGCCAUCGUCCUUGCCGCCGUCCUCUUUACCAUCGUCAUCAUUACCGUCGUCAUCUAUGCCUUCGUCAUCUUUACCGUCUUCAUCUUUGCCUUCGUCGUCCCUACCUUCCUCAGAUCCUCAUUAUGAGAAGUGGGUUGAUCACUUUCAUGACCGACCUGAUCAUCGGAUUGUGGGAGACCUGGGAGACUUUUCCAGCGAUGAGGAUGAGGAUGAGUUGCCAUAUCAUCCUCAGGCUUUGCCCACACCCUGUGUGACACCUGGUGUCCGAAUCACAAAGGAGUUCCUGCGUUCCAUGAAGGUGGAUCUCAGCUCGGGAGAAGGAUAUACUCGCACGGAAGUCAUGGCCAAGGAUCUCAUGCGCUUUUUUGAAUCUCAGCCUCACGAUUACAAUAUUGAGAGGCAUUCGUUAUACAAGGAGGCCUCUAUCGAGUGGCUUGACGGUACCGGUCUAUAUCCCAACGACAUUCGUGCUCGUCGAUGCACCGUCAGUGUCCCCAAAGACGUGGUUCGCCAUUCAGCCGAUCGGGUGAUCUGGCGGGUCACCUACUCUUGUAACGGAGCAUGCCAGACCGUUGUUGACAAGCCUGUCACACAAUCGGCCCCCCCUCUCGCAAACAAGGACUCAUUGGGAGUCCAACUAUUUGAGUUUGCCAAACGUGUUUCAAAGAAACGAGCAAGUGCUGUUGUUCAAGGUACCAAGAAACGAUCGAAGGUCCAGCCAGUCCAGGCUUCCGAUUCCCCCAUCCGCGUAGCUCAACACACAUCUCUCACCAGUCACUCAACCAGAUCUGCUGUAUCACCAAAGCAGACAACGGUGAAUAUGCACAUCAAGUUCCGCAAGUUGAAGGGGGGAAUGGCUGAAGUCAACAUCAAACCCGAGCCGGGGGUCCACAGUGAUCAGGACGAGAGGGACGUCAGGGUUGUGCAGGACAAUGAGGAUGAAGAGGAGGUGGAAGAGGAGGAGGAAGAGGAGGAAGGAGAAGAAGAGGAGGAAGAGGAGGAAGAGGAGGAAGAGGAGGAAGAGGAGGAAGAGGAGGAAGAGGAGGAAGAGGAGGAAGAGGAGGAAGAGGAGGAAGAGGAGGAAGAGGAGGAAGAGGAGGAAGAGGAGGAAGAGGAGGAAGAGGAGGAAGAGGAGGAAGACGAUGAAAAGGACAAAGAUGACAACAAUCACGAAGGUGACGAAGAUGACAAAGAGGAACAGGACGAAAACAUCGAAGAGGACGAAGAGGAGGAGAACAACGAAGAGGACGAAGAGGAAGAAGAUCACGAAGAUGGCGAAGAUGCUGAUGAUCACGAAGACCAUGAAGAUCAGGAAGAUCAUGAAGACCAACGGUCUCAUCAGCACCACAAAGAUCGGGAACGUGACCAAGAUGAUGACGAUGAACACAAUGACGAAGAUGACAAACAUUACGACGACAAACACGAUAAAGAUGACGAAGACGAUGAGGAUGACGAGGACGAUGAAGACGAUGAAGAUGAUGAAGAUGAUGAAGAUGAUGAAGAUGAUGAAGAUGAUGAAGAUCAUGAUCUUGAUGAAGAUCAUGAAGAUCAUGAUCUUGAUGAAGAUGACGAAGAUCAGCAGAAUGAUCAGAAUGACAAAGGUGCCAAAGUGGUUGUUCUACCCAAAAGGAUCAACACGGCGAGUCAAUCGGUUGAGAAAGGUUUAGUGGAAGGCCAAUCGGGUCAACUUCACGGUAACGUUGAACAAUCGGCCCACGCAAAUCGCUCGGAAGCUCGGUCAGGUCAGCAAGAUGAUACAGAUUGGCAAUCGGACCGCCAGAGUCACAUAAUAGGUCGAUCGGACAACGACGCGUCCUCGGAGGGUCGAUUGGACAAUGAAGGUUAUUCGGAAGGUCGAUCGGGCCGUGGGGUCUACCAGGAAGGUCAAUCGGAGCAUGAACACUACUUGAGAGAUCAGUUAGACAACGGAGACCACUCCGACGGUCACUCGGACCAGGAAAGACAGACACAAGGUCAAUCGAGCAAUGAAGAUCGUCGAUCGGACAACCGUCAUCACUCGAAUGGUCAAUCGCACGGACCACACCCCUCUAGAGCUCGCCCGGACCACAAAGUCCGCCCACAAGGUCGAUCGGACCACAAAGCCCGCCCAAAAGGUCAGUCGGACACAGAAAACCCCUCGAGAGCUCAAUCGGGCCACAAAGCCCGCACAAAAGGUCGAUCGGCCUAUCAAGGUGACGUUGCGGAGCAAGACCAACAGACAGCCAAUGAUGGGAAGGAAGGGGAACACGAGGACGAGGACAGUGAACAUGAUCUAGCAGUUAAGAAUGGCAAUACCAUCCCCAAAGUGUCCAAAAAGUCUACUACUCCCAAACGUCCUAAACCUCACGAUUGCAAGGCUAUUCUCGUGGUUCAAAUGACCGCAGCCCAGUCUGUCACCCAAAGAUGUACCGUCAUCAUGAAAAGUCCAGAAUGGCAUCCUCCCGCAAAGUCUUUGACCGAGCUACGGGUAUCGCCAUAUCUUCGACGCUUGCUCCAUGAAGCUGCGAUGGGAUUUGGAAUGACCACCACUCGUCUCACUGCUUGGUACGCUCAGAAUGUCCUUGCCAUGGAUGAACAUGCACAAUGGCUUGCCGAUCGCUGCUCUCACCGACUACCAACUCCACGGGACUAUAAGACGGCUAUAGAGACUGCCACGGCUACUGCAAGGAUCGAUCGCAGCCCAUUAGUUGCUCUUGAAAUUCUUGCAGAAAGACAUCCUCAAGCUAUCUUAGCAUCCAAAUUCCCUAAUAUACUUGGAGACAAGUCUACCAAGCUUACCAAGCGGGUGGCAGGUAGUGCGCGGUUUGAAUGUGUCAUUGCCCCUCGUUUUGCUCAAAUCUGCGCCAUCUUACAAGCUUACUCCUUCAUGUUGACUGAAUUCAACAAAGCAGUACGCCAAACGGCUCAAGACGUUUUGGAUGGGACAUAUGUCGUUGAGCAUAGUGAUAUUCCUGCUGAAGAUCUACGGAGAGCCUGUGUGGCGGUUGCGGAAGACGGACUUUGCCCACGCUUUGUCAUGAUUGACGGAUGUGAAGCAGAGCGUACAAGUCUGCGCAAAGUCUACCCAGGAGUUCCUCUUCGUGGAUGUCAAUUUCACAUGAUGCGGGCUUGUCGCUCAAGAAUCAGGUCGAUUGUGGGUCGAUCGGACGAGGGAAAGCGCAAGUGCGCUCAGAUCCUCAAUGCCAUUCGAAGAUGUCAACGUUGUCCAGACGAAAAGAAAUGGGACCAGUAUUACGAGGCACUUGAGGACCAAGUGAACGGUAUCACGGGAUCGACAGCAUGUUGGUCACAGUUAGACGCCUAUCUACAGAAGGAGUGGUUCAGCCACAGAUGGAGAGAUUUUGUUGUUGACUAUGGCAUGCCAUAUCAAGUCACCCGCGACGGCCCGUGGUCCACCAAUAAUUACUCCGAAGCAUCUUUCAGAACAUUUGAUCGAGUUUUUCUAGGCUGUAGGUCCAAUAAGAGCUUCAACGUCACUUGUUUGGUGGUCUUCAUAGAUGGGAGACUGACUGCAUCCAUCCUUGCCCGAUCACUGCUGUACCCACUCAGUACCAAGAUAAGUUUCAGGGGACUGUGUAUCGGGUCAAUCCUCCUCGGCGAGAUCCUUCCUCUAGGUAUCUUUCAAGACCUGCGUUUAGCCCACUACUGCGGCCAUCAGCCCGAUAACCAGCGAGAAUUCUGUACCUGCAAUUAUACUGCUAUCACAGGUAAACGUUGUACCCAUCUCUGGGCCAUGGCUACAUACAAGCUUUGUGGGUCAGUAGGCGAAUUCGAAGAGAAUGCCGCUCGUAUCGAAGACUUUCUCCUUCAUUCAGAGUCAACAACAUGGGCACAAGCAACAAACGUCUCAAAGGAUGAUGUGGAUUACGAAGAUCGUCGGGAUUUCCAUUCCUACUGGCAUCAAGAUGUCUUUCGACUGCCCAAUCUGGCACAGGUUGAUCUCAAUCCCGAAUACGUUCCGGCCAAACCUCCAUCUGCACCAAUCGCUUCAUAUCCUUUGCCUUCUCAAUCAUCCCUUGACCAGUCCUCUAACCACAAGGUCAACGGAUCCCAGUUCCCUCCUGCAAAGUCCUCUUCGACUCCUGAUUUGCAUCUGAACCCUGAUACCCCUGCUUUGAGUACUGGAGACGAUGGUGGAGACUGGGUUCUUUCCCCAAUCGGUCGCCGAUUUCACACUCCUGACACCGAUCGACCACAGAACACAUCAAACAUCGAACCCGCAGAAGAUGGACCAUUGGAAUGGAGCCAGUCAAUGCCAGGGCGGCCCGGUGCUACUCAGGUUCUGGAUCCUGCUAGGUCCAAGGCAAGCAAGGCCAAGAGUGUCCGCAAACGUGUCAGGCGUGCCAAGAUUCAAGACGAAAGGACGGAAAAGGGAAGAAAGAAGGGACAUAAACCUCAACCUAUGUCACCUUUGGGCAUCAUGAACACCCAGUAUGACUGCUAUGCAAUUGCACUGUUCCAGAUCUUGCUGCGGGUUGACUGGUGGGUGUCACGUUUGGAUCAAUCGAUUGCCGAGGACCUCUCAAGCAAGUCAGAUCCUUUAGUGGUAGCGAUUCUAGACUUGCGACAUUCUCUCCAGGGGGAGAAGGCUAGGUCGUUUCCCAAAUUGCGCCAGGUGUUGGCCAGGUGUUCGAUCGUAGACUCAGCGGAUACAAUGCAAGAUCCCGAUGAGGUCCUGCUCAAUCUCAACAGAUAUCUGGACGAUCGCUUCAAUUCUGAUGCUUUCGAAACAUUAUCAACUGUCAAGGUGGAAGUUCGAGUAAAAUGCCCCAAUUGCGAGGAAGAUUUGGUGGUGGAUAGUGUAACUCAUGGAUCUUUCUACAUCCAUCCCCUUCCGGAAUUGACUCUGCCUACAUCAGCUCCUCCUUCGAUACCCGAUUUCUCCAGUAUGGCAUACAUGUCAUACAAUGUGGGAGGAACCCGCCGCCUCCCAUCUGCUGAUCCUACGGCUUUACCUCUACCCUUAUACCGUCCUGAUCAGGUCACACCGUCAGCCACAUCAAUUCGAGAACCAGUGGCAAGUUCAUUGCAGUCUCAACAGCAGACACAUGGCACAUCAACAUCAAUCCAAUCACAAGCAGAGUUUGACUUUUCUUCCACCACGCCCAUCAAACCUGACAACACAAAUGUGGUCGUCACCGGCUCACCUAACGCUGUACAGGUCACUGGCGUGACGAUUGAUUCUCCACUUGGUGUUAGCGGCAGUACUCAAGAGAGGCAAAUACAUUCACAUGGUCCUCUUUUGGUUCCUCAAAUCACCUCCGGGCAGGCACCAGGCAUCGCAAUUGACAAUGCACCCAUACAGUCCAUUCCUUCUGGACCCCAACUCCCACAAGAUCACGAUCUUCUGUCAACAGUCGGUGAAGUGGAGUCUCGUGGGGAGAGUGGGUGGCCCGCAAAGGUCGAGGAUAUAUAUGAAUUCCUCAACAUGGACCUCAUUAAUCAAGCUGGGCUGGUCGAAACCUCCAACGUGGCUCCGGCUGAGUCUUUGCUGGCUUCCACCAGUCAUCCCUUUCAUCCCAAAGCCAGUAUCCCUCAAUCGGGCCCCGAACUUGCGGAGCAGGGACUUCAUCAGUCGGCAUUGGUUCCGCAAAUGUAUCGUCCAAUCUCGACAAAUCGCCAUUCGUUGCCUCCUCACCAGUCUCAACCUCACCCAGCCCUAAAUCCCAUCGGAACGUCAUUGCAAACUGCCGGCAUUGAGAUUCGUUCACAUUCUAUGACAACCACAGAUAAUGACGUGCCAGUCAAUCCUCAGGCGGGCCCGAUCGGACCUCCUUCGCAUCCAACUUACCCCAAACCCGUGCGUCUUGCAAUACCACCCAUCAUCGGUAUCACCAAUCCUCCGGAUGUGAAUACCAGCAAUGCACCCGUGACACUGAGACAUGACGACCCAUCCUCAAAGCCAAUGUCUGUUCCCUUGGAGACCAAGAAUUCAACGGUCCUAUCCUCUCCAAUCGCCAUAAAUAGUUUAUCAAAUGAUACAAUCCACACGCAAACUACCACGACACUUACCCCGCCGACCGGGUCGGCUGACGCCUUGAAAAACAACCAAAUGUCAAGUUCCGGUAGUCAACCCGUCCGUUCCUCCGCCCCAAUCGGUAUCACCUUCCUUCCUCAACUACAGCCUCCACAACAACCUGAUUUCUCUCGUGAAUUGAAAGAACGGCAGAGCCGGAUCAUUCCUGUCAAUGUUCUUCCUGCUCUCGCAAUGACACCUCUUGGACUAGACUAUAUGACACCGGUAUCAAGGCCCAUCGACGAACUUCAGCGUUCACUUGUUCCACCCUUGUCAAUCAGCACCCGUGGAAAUUUAAAUACUCCAGAUCUUGAUGGUAUCGUUGACGCGGCAUUGGCAAGGUACUCCUCUAUCGCCUUGAAUGGGGCUCGACAUAGGGACACGUCGCCUGUAAGCAACCUGAUCAUCAUGGCCGAGCCCGACCAAUUCGAGCACCCUCCUCUCGAGUUCACAGAUACGUUUUUUGAGAACUUGACACGCAGAAUCAAAGAAAAACCCGGUCGUCCGGGACUUUGGGGUCUACAUAUAGAAGGACCCAAUCAUAGCGUAUUAUUAGCACUGCAGGACUUUGAAAAGCUUCAAAGCCGAACGGCGUGGUGGAAUACAAAUAUCAUCUCUGCUAUGUGUGCAACAGCAGCAGAAUCAGAGGAGGUUGCUUGGAAUCGGCAAUGUCGAUAUGUCGAAGGCUUGCUCCGAUGGUCCUCUCAAGGCAGCAGUGAUCAAUCCCUUAAUAUCUAUUUCCCUACAAAACCUCGUCCGUGGUCAUCUCUUGGCAAAAAUGCUGAUUGGCGUUCACGGGUGACAGUAGGAGUAGAGAAUGUGGAAGCCAACACACAUUUUGUUGCUCUUGCCAUAUUUGGCCCGGCCAAGCUAGUGAUCCCGUUCGAUGGUGCUGGUGGAGUAUAUGAUAAUCCUAUUUUGAAGGAAGUGAAAGUGGACGUCUCUUUUGGUAGACCGAUUGGAGUGGGAGUUGGAAAUGGACAUGGUCACGGAAGAAGACAAUAA